CUCUGCUUGCCUGCCUUGUCACUUUUGUAAUUCUCUUUCCAACAUUAUACUAUACCUGACCCCGCACUCAACCCUCUCUCUCUCUCUCUCUACAUAGACGUACAUAUUAUAUACACUUAUGCGUUUAUAUCCGACUCACUCAUUUGAGAGGGGAGAGAGAGAGGGGAAGAAGAUUUUGGAUUUUGAAUAUUUUGGAUUUUGGAAUUUUUUCGUUUUGGGUUUUCAAGAUUGUUGUUGUAUAUAUGUACUAAGUAUGAUGUGAAGUACAGGAGACAUGCACGCGAAGAAUAGGCUACCGAGCAGCGGACACAGCAGCCCAUCAACGCCGUCGUCGCCGCGCUCUCGGUCGCCUCGGGUCCGCCGCGGCGGAAAACCCGGCGGUCGCUUCACUCCGGGUCAACCCGCCCCGAGAACCCUCCCCCAACGCUUCGCCUGGAUCCUCCUCUCCGUUCUCCUCCGCCGCCAGGGCAUCUUUCUCUUCGCCCCCUUGCUUUACAUCUCCGGCAUGCUCUUCUACAUGGGAACGGUGUCGUUCGAUGCCGUGCCUAUCAUCAAGCACCGAGCCACGCCCGGCUCCAUCUACCGCAGCCCUCAACUAUACCUCAAACUUCAACCCGAGAUGGAUUCCGACAAUUCCUCCGCCGAUGCGAUAUCAACGAUAUGGAAACACUCUUAUAAAGGUGAUGAAUGGAGACCAUGCACAAACAAGUCAUCUGGAGGUUUACCUGAAUCAAAUGGGUACAUUUAUAUUGAGGCCAAUGGUGGUUUGAAUCAGCAAAGAACAUCAAUAUGCAAUGCUGUUGCUGUGGCUGGUUAUCUUAAUGCAACCCUUGUGAUUCCACACUUCCAUUUUCAUAGCAUUUGGAGGGAUCCAAGCAAAUUUGGAGAUAUUUAUGAUGAAGAGUUUUUUGUUCAAACCCUGGAACAUGAUGUACGGGUGGUGAAUACACUUCCUGACUACAUUAUGGGAAGGUUUGACUACAACAUGAGCAAUGUAUACAACUUCAGGAUAAAGGCAUGGUCUUCUAUUAAUUACUACAGAGACACAGUUUUGCCGAAGCUGCUUGAAGAGAAGAUCAUCAGGAUUUCCCCUUUUGCAAACCGCUUGUCAUUUGAUGCUCCUCCUGCAGUUCAGAGGCUUAGGUGCUUGGCUAAUUAUGAAGCCCUUCGUUUUUCAAAUCCCAUUUUAAGUUUGGGUGAAGCACUUGUUGCGCGAAUGAAAGAAAGGAGUGCAAAUAACAGUGGCAAGUAUAUUUCUGUUCAUCUUCGCUUUGAAGAGGAUAUGGUUGCUUUCUCCUGUUGUAUAUAUGAUGGUGGAGAUAGUGAGAAAAAAGAUAUGGAUGCUGCAAGGGAGAGAGGAUGGAAGGGGAAGUUUACAAAACGUGGUCGAGUUAUCCGUCCUGGAGCUAUUAGGUUAAAUGGGAAGUGUCCCUUGACACCUUUAGAGGUUGGUUUGAUGCUAAGAGGGAUGGGUUUUGACAAGACUACAUCCAUCUAUUUGGCAUCAGGAAAGAUAUAUGACUCUGAGAGAUAUAUGAAACCACUAUUGGAAAUGUUUCCUCUUUUACAAACAAAAGAGAUGCUAGCAUCGCCAGAAGAAUUGGCUCCAUUUCAGAAUUAUUCGUCAAGGAUGGCUGCUAUAGACUACACUGUUUGUCUUCACAGUGAAGUAUUUGUGACCACCCAAGGAGGGAAUUUCCCACAUUUUCUACUAGGCCACAGAAGAUACUUGUACGGUGGGCACUCUAGGACAAUCCGGCCGGACAAGAGGAAACUAGCACUAUUAUUUGAUAAUCCAAAUAUUGGGUGGAAGAGCUUCAAGCGCCAAAUGCUAAAUAUGCGAGCACAUAGUGAUUCGAAAGGGAUUGAGCUGAAAAGGCCCAAUGAUUCUAUAUACUCCUUCCCUUGUCCAGACUGCAUGUGCCGCCUUAAUAAAACAAAAGAUUCAAGAUUGUCGUCUGGGACGUGAUCCCUGAAAUGAAGGUUGUGUUUUUUGUUCCUGUAAUUUGUGUGAACAUCUAGUUGCUAACCCCAGUGAUUCUUUCAUUUUUUACCCUCUUUCUUGUAUUGGAGAGAGGUCAACUAGUUGGAUUUUGAAAGGCUUGCGUUCCUCCGGGGUCGAAUAUGAUAUUUUACGGGGCAUGUCUCGAUGGGUAACUGCUCUUCAAAGAUGAUGGAAUUGAAGACGAUUUUCCACUCCAUAGUUACCCACCCAGGUGUUGAUAAAUUUCACUUAUCUGACCAAGCUGAAAAUUGACAAACAGAAAAUACAUUUUCCACACUGGUUUUGCUGUAAUUGUAUUUUUGUACGUUACUUGUUCAGUAGUAUGUUAGACCAUAGAAGAUUGACGAUGAAGAACAGUAUAGGAUUUUGAAAAUGCUUGGGUUCCAAUUUUUAUUUUGGAUACCCACCCCACCCUACCCUUUAUGUGAAAUUUAAUUGUUUGAUGUUCUCGCUUGCA